AUGAAGACUCUCCGGGCUGCUAACUCGGCUGAGGCCCUCUCAUGCACGUUCUGGCAUCUGUUUCGGAUCUCCGUCUCGUUCGCUCUAUUAUUUGUGGACAAUACGAUCCUAAUAGCGGCCGUGGUGCUCGCUCGUUUACAGUCCGUGGCUGGUUGGCGCCCGGCGGCGCUGCGAGAUGUGCGCUUCUACCCCAAGACCGUGUUAAUUACGGGAAUUGGAACUGCCCACGGCCUGGCGCUUGCACGAGCCUGGGAGGCGCAAGGCCACCGCGUGGUCGGGGCGGAUGUCGCAGAUCUCGAUCUCUCCGUUCGGUCGGGUGGCAGCGUCUCCAAGGCGCUCGUGGCAUUCUACCGCGUCCCCAAGGACCACUACAUCUCCCGGAUCCUGGACAUUGUUCAUCGGGAGAAAGUGGAUAUCUGGAUCCCCUGCUCGCCCAAAGCAACCGUCAUUGAAGACGCGACGGCCCGGCAGGUGAUUGAAAGCCGGACCAGCUGUCGGUGUAUCGCCUUUGACGCCGAGCUUGCGGCGCGGUUCAUCCACACCGACUCUUUCCGACAGUUUCUGGCAGAGAGGAAUCUGCCCGUGCUCGAGCGUCACCAGGUGCACUCGCGCGACUCAAUUCACAAGAUUUUACACCGCUCGCCCAGCAAGUCGUAUCAGAUUCGUCGGCUGGGAUCCAGUGCUAACGAGGCAGUUGUGGUCCUGCCGAAGCGAACGCUGAGCAAGACGUACUCGGAAGUCAGCGAGAUCCAAAUCAGCCAAGAAUUACCAUGGGUCCUCCAGCAGCAGACUCGGCUGGGCGAGUUCUAUGCUGAUAUUCUGGUGGUGCGGGGCCAUGUUCACGCCAUCAAAGUCCGGCUGGCAGAGGCUCGAUCUCCGCACUGGGGUGCCUCGCGGUUGGAUGAGGCGCUGGCAACGGGGAUUCACCGGUUGAUGCAGAAUUUUGCUGAAAAGGGUGGCACGCGGAUGACCGGGCAUCUGUCAGUUCGACUGCUGGUAGACGAGGAGUUCGACCACUCUUCUGUUCGCCAUACUAUCCAUAUUUCCGACUGUGUUCCGGGCGCUGCAGCCGUAGAGAAUCUUGUACGCGAUGCGACUUGUCCUGUUGCCGGUUACCUCGCUAUCAUCUCCUCCGAAGCGGAUCGAGCUGGUUGGAAGGUGACAGCAACACUGUCCCCGUCUUUUCAUCCCGGGUCCGCCUUGAUUGGAAACGACACGGCUAUCCAAAUACUAUCACGAUUACUGUCCCUGGAUCUCGUCAAGCGAGGGGCGGCCAUAUUGGAAAAGGAGCUGGUGCCUUUCUUAUUCUGGCGAGAUUCACGGUUCUCAUAUCAUGACCCUCUCCCUUGGUGGUGGCAUGUACAUGUGUACCAGCCUUUUCGAGAGGUUUGGCUGUUGGUGAAGCAGAUUCGGGAAACAGGGCUGGUCAAUGGGCCUAUUAAAAUUUGA